AGUUGAUUUAUAUAUGUUGCGAAGAAUUUUGAGAAAAAAAUUUUUUUUUUGAAAAGAUCUCUGUAUCCCACCCUCAGGGGUGGUCUGGUCAAUAAUGACUAUUUUUUCGAUAACUCAGCCAUUUCUUGACGGAUCCUUCUCAUUUUCGAACUCAAUCGAGACAUUGUUAAGACUGAACUAUGUGGUAAAUUUCAUCGCGAUUGGACUCUUCUUUCAAAAUUUAUCGUGUAAACGGACGGCUAGCCGGACACACUGACCGAUUCUAGAGUGUACUCACUUUUUGAGUACACAAUAAAAACGUCAUAUGUCUAUUUCAAAGAAAAUCAAGUAAUUCAUUUUGAAAAAGUUUUGAUAUUUUUUUUUAUACAUUUAUGUUUUAAUUAAAUUGAUAAACUGUAUUCUUUUUUUUUAAAUGUUCCACGUCUAUUAACAUGUUCAGUUAAGCAUAAUCUUGUUCGUAAUAUAUGGAUUGCUCUUCUAAGUUUAUUAUUCUUAUUAACUUUAUUUAAUAUAAUAACAUUAAGAUAUUAUAAUUUAUUUAAAAUUGAUAAAAUUAAUGAUGAAAAUGUAGGAACUUUAAUUAUUGAUAUUAUUGAUGUACUAAAAAAAUGUGAAAGAGCUUUCGACUAUCGAAACGAAAAUUUUCUUGGUCAAUUAAACGAGAUAAACAAGGUUCAAAUAUAUUUUAUGGUAGACCUGGUAAAAAUUAUAGACGUAAAUUUUUUCUAUUAAUGAAAUUUUCUAUUUAGGUUUAUUAUCACCAAUUAAACCAUUUUAUAUAGAAAAUCGUUUUAUAACAGCAACUGUUUUUGGAAUUAUUUUUUAUGCAAUAGUAAAAAUUUUUGAAGAAUUAUUUUUUGGUUCAUAUGAACUAUUAAAUCGUGGUGUUUUGAUUAAGUUAAUUAUAAGAAUAGCAACUAGUAUUAUUGUUGGACUUCGAUAUGAUCCGGUACUUGCAUCUUUACAAUUACGAAAUAUUAUUCUUCAGUUUUUUGCUUGUGUAUAUGUACUCGGUGAUAUUGGAUAUACAAUUGUACGAGAAGGAUCAUGUAUGAGUUUUAUACCUCUAUCAGGAUCUUAUUCAGUUCUUGAAGAAGCAAAACUUCGGGUGGUAUGUAAAUUAAGAAUUUUUAUUUCAUACAAAUAUAAGUAUUGAACAAAAAAAACAAACAUUGAAACAAUUACUACGAAGCUUAGCAGCU